AUGGCGGGUGACAAUCUUGUCUCUGGUGAUGAGAGCGAACUUGUAGAGCACGAAGCGAAAGCGAAGGUCUCCGCAAAGGCUGAAAAAAGUCGGAAACGGAGAGCGAAACAAAGCGAACAAAAAGCCAAGGCGGGUCUCGUCUUCAGACAACGACUCACCAUCCCCGAUCCCGAAGAACUCCGCAGCGCUGCACUCACUGCGUCUCAGUCCCCCUCGUUUCUCGCGAACUUAUUGGUAACCGGGCAGAUUCAAGUAUUCAAAGGCAUAAGUGAGCUCGAGCUCGACGACAAGCGAAUACCAGAAUCUUGCAUCAUUGACACUCGGUCGUGGAAAGGAGAGAGAAACCAUGAGAUCCUCCCAGAAUUUAUCCGGCAAGGUUGGUGGGCACUGAAAUAUCAUAAGACGACGUUAUGCACAUGGCCUGGGAUUUUGGAGUAUCCCAAAUGGCUAUCAAAUGAUCAAACGCGUGUUCAUGCAUUUCCGUCCACGUUAAGUCUCAAUGUAACUGAUCAGAACCGUCUUCGCCCUAGUGCAGUUGAUCGUACACUGGCGACACGGAUCGGACAAUCGUCGAAGGACAAUGGGGCUCCGACAUGCAUCAUUCUGGCCGGAAAUGCCCUUCGUGUUCUUGAUCUCAUAAAACCUAUCAAGACCAUGACUACUGAAAAGAGUGGAGAGAUCAGCAAGCUCUUCGCCAGACACUUCAGAUUAUCGCAGCACGCGGCUCAUCUGGAGAAAACAAAAGUUUGCGUGGCAGUCGGAACCCCGAACCGAGUUCAUGCUCUGUUAACUCAGACAGAAUCGCUCUCUCUUACGGCUUUAACUCAUGUUAUCUUAGAUGUGACCUUUAUGGAUGCCAAAAUGCGUUCCAUGCUGGAUCAGCUGGAGACGAAAGCGGACGUUUUUCAUGUUCUUACGCAUGAACCGCUACGGCAGCGGUUGGUGGAUGGGAAAACUUCUUUGAUUUUCUUCUGA